AUAUCAGGAACCAUAUCAUCCCUCACUCUCAGUGCGCCACUGUUACCCCUCGCGCGCGCAGACGGAGAUAAUAGGCUAUUAGAGCCAUGGGAUUCAUUUGUAGCCAAUUACAACCCACAGUUGAAUAUGAAUGCAUAAAUAAGGCGUAGCUUGUGUCUAAGUUUUGGCUACGACUGAACGAGGGUGGGAGGUGGCGCGAGAGCGAGGUGUGCGUGCAUGACAUAAACGUUGGAGGGUCCUGAGGGGAUGGUUCAAACCCAAAAAAGGAGUUGAGCAAGGGAGACCAACAUCCAACAGUGAACCAUCACCUCCUAGCUGUCAGCCGUGAGUAACAAAGACCAGAGUAGUGCAGCUGUAGAGGGGGUCUGACAACGCAAGCUGUGCAGGAAUAUUGCACCAGACAUUAUAGCCUACUUUUCUCAAAUUGCAUGCGCUAGUAUGUCUUCUUCGGUUGUAAGCGAAGCUUAAGUUGAUUGUCUUGGUGCUAAAGCUCUGAUAGGGAAGUCAUGAACAGGGAAAAGGUUCAGGUGGGAGACGUCUCCGUUGCUGCUCCGCCGGCGUCCGGUGUGACUGCCCAAACAGCUGUGAUCGUCGUGGCCGCUCCGGAAAGCAUGGACAAUCACGGCGAGAAGCGGCUCUCUGCCAACGCACUGUCGGUGUUUUCCUGCCCCGGGGGUAGAGACAUACUGCAAGCGGACAGUCGAAACAAUUCUCCACGUCAAGAGCCGGCUCCGGUAGCAAUGCCAAUGCUUCACCGGACCACUUCAUUUUCGGUUUUGGACAUUUUGGACCCAAAUAAAUUUACGAGCAAAAAGCCAAAUCCUAACCGGACAGGCAGCGAAUUCGCCUUCGGGACAGAGAACCGUGGAGGUGAUGACUCGAAUCAUGAUGUAGAGCAGAAGUGUUAUGCAGACGACUAUGACACAUGUCAAAAAUCUACAGGACUAAAGGAGGGGUUCAUGUGUGCCUACAGAUCCGACGAAUGCGAGAAUGAUUUCAAAAGAGGCUCCCACUCUGACAGCGAGAUGCAGGAUGACGUGUGUAGUGAGGAGAGCAGCAGCGCCCUAACUGGAAACGCGGAGGGGGAACUGGGACACCAUGAUGACGACGACCAGGCGGGCAAGAGCCCAAGCAGUCCUGGCGGACAGCAAACUCAACAGUCAGGGUCGAAUGGACAAAGUAAUCAAGGAAAGCCGAAGAGAAAGCGUUCUGGCUCCGAUUCAAAGUCGGGUAAGCCCCGAAGGGCCCGGACAGCAUUCACUUACGAACAACUUGUUGCAUUGGAGAACAAAUUCAAGUCCACCCGAUACCUCUCUGUGUGUGAGAGGCUCAAUUUGGCACUGUCACUCAGUUUGACUGAAACUCAAGUCAAAAUCUGGUUCCAGAACCGACGGACCAAGUGGAAGAAACAAAACCCUGGCGCAGAUACCAGCGCCCCGACGGGCGGGGGCCAGAACGGCCAGAGCAAUGGACUAGGGAGCCUGAGUCCACUCAGCUCGUCUCCUCCCAUGAGCCAUCUGUCAAUGCACACGGGCUACCCAGGUCACGGACCAGGCGGGCUAGUCUGCACAACCCAAUUACCCUUUCUGCCAAGUCAUGCGGUACUGUCACCUUUCAUGUUAGGAUCUCAGACUUACGGAGCGCCUGCGUUUUACACUUCCCACCUGUAAAGAUAUGGAGAUACUUAUAGAGUUUUGCGCCCAAACAUCAUGUUUUCGGAGGCGUCUAAAAUUCACCGAUAUUAUCAAAAUAAUUGACUCCAAUGAGAUAUGAAUUUAAUAACCAUAUUAAACGUAUGGUUUUAGAGAACU